AUGGGUGCCAUACCGGAAAAAUGUGGGGAUCCAGGGCCAUGUAUGGUUAUGUGUACCAUUGUGGGUGUAACAUUUUCUGACUGCAUGUGUGAUUUAGGCGUGUGUGUGAGUAUUAUGCCAUUACCUGUAUUUGAAGCUUUGAGGCUCCCUCCCUUAAAAAGGUCGGCAGCUCGUUUUGUUUUGGCAGAUAAAAGUAUAAUCACGGUGGUUGGAAUUGCUGAGGACGUGCUCAUGAGCAUCAAGGGGCUGACAUUCCCUGUUGACUUUUACAUCUCGGAGAUGCCCCCUAAUGAUUCAGGAAGACCAUCAUCCAUCCUACUUGGAAGACCAUUUCUGAAAAAUUCAAAGUUUAAGUUGGAUGCCUUCUUAGGGACUUACUCCUUUGAGAUAGAUGGUCGAGCAGUGAGCUUCAACCUGGAUGAAGCUAUCAAGUACCCACCGGAAGAUCACUCCAUCUUCCAAUGCGACAUUAUUGAUGAAACCGUGAUGAAAGUCCACCGGGAAGAAGUAGGAGAGAUGACCAUAGAGCAAGAUGCAAGUAUGGGAAAAUCCUCUAAGCUUACUGAACAUAACUUGCCCCAACCAAUGGCUCCAGAAGAUCAAGUGCCUAACCAUAAGCAGAAAUUGGAGUUAAAGCCCCUUCCACCCCACCUCAAGUAUGCUUACCUUGAGGAUAAUCAGAAGCUCCUAGUUAUCAUUGUAAGAGAACUCACAUCCCAACAGGAGGAGCAGUUGCUUAGUAUAUUUUUAGAAGUGGGUGCAAGGCUUGUCCGUCAACCUCAAAGGCAGCUUAACUCCACCAUCUUGGAAGUUGUCAAGAAGGAAGUGACCAGACUACUUGAAGUAGACAUCAUCUACCACAUCUCAGAUAGCAAAUGA